UACACACAUAUAACUACAGUAGAUAUAAAGAAACCCACUGUCUUUACAGCACAGCAGUAGGAAACGCUGCUCAGACUAAUGGCGUCUUCACAACGCGACGGACCGAUCAGCUGAUUCUUAUAUUUGGCUGCAAAACUACAAGAAGACAUAAGUUCUCCAGCAGGAACCAUGACCACAGCUAGGUACCGACCCACCUGGGAUUUGGCUCUGGACCCACUGGUGUCUUGUAAGCUGUGCCUAGGAGAGUUUCCUUUGGAGCAAAUGACCACCAUCACCCAGUGCCAAUGUGUCUUCUGCACCCUGUGCCUGAAGCAGUAUGUGGAACUUCUCAUCAAAGAGGGCUUUGAAACCGCGAUCAGCUGUCCUGACUCGGCCUGUCCAAAACGUGGACAUUUACAGGAAAAUGAGAUUGAAUGCAUGGUGGCCACAGAGAUAAUGCAGAGGUACAGGAAGCUCCAGUUUGAGAAGGAGGUGUUGCUGGACCCGCGCCGGACCUGGUGCCCGUCUUCCACGUGCCAGGCGGUAUGCCAGCUGAAAGAGUCUGACACGACACUUCCGCAGUUGGUGCGGUGCAACGUCUGCACACACGAGUUCUGUUCCGCCUGCAAGGCCAGCUGGCACCCGGACCAAGACUGCCAGGAGAACGUCCCCAUGACCUCCUUUCUACCUGGAGAGAGCAGUUCUUUCUUUAAGACCAACGAUGACAACACGCCCAUCAAACGCUGUCCAAAAUGUAAAGUGUACAUCGAGAGAGAUGAGGGAUGUGCCCAGAUGAUGUGUAAAAACUGCAAGCACGCUUUCUGCUGGUACUGCUUGGAGUCUCUGGACGAUGACUUCCUCCUGAUUCAUUAUGACAAAGGACCCUGCCGGAACAAAUUAGGCCACUCGCGAGCCUCCGUGAUCUGGCACAGAACACAGGUCGUUGGAAUCUUUGCCGGUUUCGGCCUACUCUUACUGGUAGCCUCGCCAUUUCUGCUGCUGGCCACACCUUUCAUUUUGUGCUGCAAGUGCAAAUGCAGUAAAGGUGACGAUGACCCUCUUCCCACCUAACAGCUCGUCCCGAAGAGUCGCUGUGUGAGGAAUUCCGGUCAUCUCCUUUAAUCGUUUUUCUUUUCUUCCUCCGCCUUUGAGCUCUUCAUCAACCGGUGGGACUAGUAACGUGAGCAACUCAUGCCACGGUUACACAACAGCAUAGCUGGCUGAGAAGGCUACAUCCUGGCAGGCUCGACGAGUCCAAAGGAGACCUCAUGAGCCGCUUGCUUAGGUGGAGGAUUUGAGAGGAAGAGUAACCUCUCUGCAGUACCGCAGGAGACAGCAUGGUGAUUGUAUGGGGCGCUUUUAUUUUUGUAUGUGGUGGAUGUUUCGCAUAUGUGGCUGUCCUGAAGGGUUCUGUUUUAACACAAACAUUUUUCAAUAUGUUAGUCAGUGUGCAACGUAGCAGUCACAUGGUUAUUUCUUUAUAGUAUUACACAGAGAUGGGGCUUGUUUGUCAGUUUAAAUGUGAGCAUAUAUCAUUUCUUUGUCUCAAAUGUACAGAAACAUUGCAGUUUUAACAUUAAGUCUGUUAAUCUAAACCCACAGAAAAAUGAAAUUGCUAUUCCAAAACCUAGUGAGCUGUCUUGCUUUCUCUGCCUAUAAAGGCAAACUUGAAACAAGUGACCAAUUUGAAACGCAACUUUGUACGGCUAACAAUUAAUUUGAGAACAUUAGCAUGUUGCUAAGUUAAAAGCAUUUAAGCUAAUAACCAUUAAAAUAAAAUGGAGACAAAUUUUUUUUUUUUAAACUGGAGUACUUCCAUUAAAACUCAUUUAGUAUUGAAUAUGUAUCUAUAGUCUAUUGUGGAUUUAUGCUGUCACUGAGCUUGUUGAAGUGCAUUUUGGGAUUGCUUUUCUUGCAAGGGGUGCAUGCUACUGUAUGAUGCCUUUAAAAUUUGGCCAAAACAAGGUAUCUUAAUACAUUUGCAUACACUUUUGAACAGCCUUCUCUCCAGCAAUGCACCUUUCAUGCCUUACAGUGUUUCCAUAGGCAGCUCAAGAGGUUUUGGAACGGAGGAUUAUAAGCAUUAUGAUUUAAGGGCUGUUACACCUAAGAUUGCAAGUAGCUAAAUGUAAACGGUCCAAAUACUGAAACCAAAUUAUUAAAAUGUAUUAUAGUUAAGAGCCUUUUAACCUAAACUGCAUAUAUGCUUUGUAAACAGACUUAAUUUCGGUCUCUACAGAUCUUUUUUGGAUAUGUCAAGAUGAGCUGCAGAAAAGCGCAAUGAAAUUUUUGGAGAUUAUAUGGCUAUUAAGCUAUAUUUUUUGUCAGAUGGUUUAAAACUUGUAUACAGUUUGUAUCACUUGCAACAUUUUCAGUUUUGGAACAGUCUCUAAUUCUAACAGGGAUUAUACACUGAUUCAAGCUUUACAGGUCCAGCACUGUAUCUAUGCAAGUUUAUACAAAUUGUAGAUAAAAAAUGUGGCUUUUGCUGUCUUGAAUUGAAUGGUUGCCAGUUUAUGUAUACAGUGGUUUUGUAGCUAAAGGAGAGCUAUAUCAAUAUAUGUUUAAAACAGUUGAGCAUUUCUGAAAACAUUGAAAAAAAUUUCUUGCUUUACAUAUACCUUAGAGAUAAACUAUUUCAAUGUUAUCAUCUUGCCUGCAGCACAUGGCUCAUCAUUAAAAGCUAUUGUGCCAUCAUAUGUUUCAUAAAUACAGGAACGGAGCACCAGCCAUAUUUGUAGCUGGACAAUAUGUAGCUCAUCUCCUCAAAAUCCUUUGUGAGAUUUUCUCAUCUACCAUUUGCAAUGUAUGUUUUGAAAUGUGGGAAUGCCAUAUUGGAGGCUGUUGGUGAAGGGGUUGUCUUUUUACAUUACAUUUAUACAUUUUUCGCUAGCCCUACAUUCUACUUCUUAUUCUCAGUAUAUUUAGGGCCCAAGCACGGGGGCCUUAACAUGCUCGAAAAGUCUUGAAACUUGGCACAAAUGCCGGAGUUGUCGCCAUUCGGACCGGGUAAAGGCUGGCACACGGGCAUGGCAGGGGGCUCUAGCACCUCCUGUAAUGCAAAAAAUCUUGGUGCACAGAUACAUGUAUGUAAACUUGUACGUGCAUAGAUUUUAUAAUCCCAAAGACCUUUUGCACUGACACCCAACAGGAAGUCAUCCAUUUUGGAUUGUUUGAAAAGUGCAUGCGGUGACAUUUUAGAAGACUCCUCCUAGGGGAUUCAUGUGAUUGACACCAAAUUUGGUGAACAUGAUGCCAAGACAUUGGAGAUAAAUUGCGUAGGGAUUUUUGAUAUCUCAAACGCUGUUGCCAUGGUGAGGCGACAAAUUUAUGGCGACAUCAUAGAAACAGGAAGUGUCUUAUAUCUAAGCAUACAUUGUCUGAUUGGGAUCAAAAUAUAGGGUGUAUGUUUGGCCACAGAUUCUGAUCACAGUGAUGUGCCUACUGUAAGUCCUGGGCAUAGCGCCACCAACUGGCGCCAGGAAGUGUGUAAGUCACAAAAGUGGAUUUUUACAGGUGCAUGCAAUAGGCUUUUAAAUACUCCUUCUAGGGGAUUCAUUCAAUUGACACCUAAUUUGGAGAACAGGAUGCCAAGACGUAGGAGAUGUUUAAAUGCGAACAGAUUUUUGAUAUCUCGAACGAUGUCGCCAUGGCGAGGCAAUACAUUUUUGUCGAAAUCAGGGAAACAGGAAGUGUUUGGUUAUGGGGUCUGAUCAUAUUGAUGCAGAUAUUGUAAGUCACAGGCAUAGCGCCACCAACUGGCAACAGGAAGUGUGUCUCGUAAACAGACUUUACAAUUGUCCGCAUAUAUUUACCCAAUUGAAUCCAGACAUGAUCAGAAAAAUUUAGAGACGUGGCUUAUGUAAAAUUGUUGAAUUGUUUUUGUGCUAUCUUUAAUGGUGUUGUCAUGGCAACCUAUCAAACUUUAAUAUUACAUUCAGGUGUAUUUAUAGCUCUGAGCAUUAAAAUUUAGCACAGACGUCAAACUUGUUGGCCGGUAGGUGUGGGCAAAACUAAGGGGUGGAAAAAGAGUUCUGUAGCGCCCACUUUUGAGAAAAGUGGUGGGGUUAGUUUUGCUUACAGUCCCCAAACUGGUCAGUAACAACAUUCAAAUGGUCCACUGAUAUUUACUAACUUAAUUGCAUGUGCCCACCAUGCAUCGUUUUCUGGGAACCACCAUGUAGCAAGGAAACAUUGUGCGAGGGCCCAUCAUCGCUGCUUGCAGCUAUAUUUACAAGUUAUUUUUUUAUGUUAAUGACAUCCAUUCUUUUGUAGCAACUUUUUUUGUUUUAAAUUUUCACAUUUUAGCCUUAAAUUUUGGAGUACCUCAGUGGUCUUCUCUUCUGUAGCUUAAGGUUUGGUUCAUUUUUAUGUUUGUUUUUAUUUGUUUUGCUUACCCAGAUCCUUCUAGAAUAAUCAUUUUGACACUUUUGUGAUACCAUUAAUGCAUACAAGCUAUACAUUUUAUUUACAACAACUUUAUUAAUCUUUUUUCUCACUAAAGUAGAUCUUUUAACAUCAUAAUAAUGGUUAUUCUCAGUCUCUAUAAAAUUAUGUUAAGAAAACUGACUUAUAAUUAAAAGUAAGAGUUUGAAACCUUUAGCUGCAGUACAUCAUUCUCUAAUUUGAAACCAUAGCAAAAAUAUGCUAAAUAAAAGCAAAGCACAGCAUAAAUGUCACUUAUAAAUAGCACACAAGUUCCUCUGUUGAGUGAAAUCUAAUUGUUGUUUUUUCAGCAACAUAUGGCUAUUUCUGUGCAAAAAACUAUUGUAAUGCAUACACAUACAUGUAUAUAUGGAUAGUGCCAAGCAGAUUUUUACGACAUUUGUAGAGAAAACACUUUUUGGGUAAAUAUGUACUGAUGCGAGAUUUUGAUGUAUGGGCUAUAAAAUCUCAUUUAUAGGGUAUGUACAUUUGGUUUCAGUAUCCAUUUGAUGUUUUUAUGUUUAUGUAAUAUAUGUUGUUUAAUAUAAUUGUUUUCCUUCAGGGUUAUUGAAAUAGCACUUUGGCUUUUUAUUUAGUUGGUGCUUAUUUUGUUUCUUCUUUUUGGGUAGCAUAGAAAAUGUAAUUUGUUCCUGCAACAUAUUAGAAAAUAUUGUGACUAGGAAAUACAUCUUAAAAUACAGUAUAGAUUUUACAAACAGCCAAAUACUGUAUUGUUCCUGUUUGUAAGAAUUUGCCUGUUGCACAAAACUUAGCUUUGCCAGUUUGUUUUUAUUAACACAUUAAACUAUGUAUGUGUCUGUCCAACAAACAAUUUGCUUUCUUUUUCCAUAUGCUGGACCCUUUGUAUUAAUGUUUCUGGUUUUUAGCUAUAUUUUAAAAUAAGCUAUAUUUUUAGCCAUAUAACCAGCUGUAAAACAUGAAAAUUAUUUUUGCCAAUUUUAGUAUGUAAUUUAGGGACCUUGUCAGUGCACCUUAUCAAAAUGAGUUUGCCUUUCAAAUCUUCUUUAUAUGACCUUUAAAUGUGUUUGUUUUUGAUACAUUAUAAAUAAAUGUGUGUUUUCUGUAAAUUGGCACCAGAUCCCAUUUGUACAGUUGCAAUGUUGUAAAAUUGCAUGUGUGUGAUGUCUUGAAAUAUAAAAAAUACAACUACAAGAAAUACAACAUUACCUGUAUUGUCUGUCCCCAAUAAAAUGAAUACAUAUUCAUGA